UUUACAAAUGGUUCUACUGGGUAGAUUCUCUUUUGAUUGGUUGGUCUAGAUAAGCGAAAGUUAUUGGCUGGUUUGAAUAUAACUGACGCGUGUAUUUACCGGCCAGUGCUUUGAAGGUUUGAACUGAGAGGAAGCAACAUUUUAAUACAGGAGUGCAGGUAACCCACAUCCAAUUUCGAGCUUUGCAAUGGAAGACUUCCUGAAAAUAGAGAAAAUAGGCGAAGGGACAUAUGGCGUUGUUUAUAAAGGAAGGAAUAAGAAGACAGGUCAGAUUGUUGCAAUGAAGAAAAUCAGACUUGAAAAUGAAGAUGAAGGCAUUCCAUCAACAGCUAUCAGAGAAAUAUCACUUCUCAAAGAAUUACAGCAUCCUAAUAUUGUCAGUCUUGAAGACGUACUGAUGGAAGAAUCUCGGUUGUAUUUAAUCUUUGAAUUUCUGUCAAUGGAUCUGAAGAAAUAUUUGGAUUCUCUUGGACCUAAUAAGAUAAUGGAUUCAAAUCUUGUUAGGUCAUACUUAUACCAGAUCACACAAGCUAUUCUAUUUUGCCACCAAAGGCGAGUGCUACACAGAGAUCUAAAACCUCAAAACCUUUUGAUAGACAAGAAUGGAGUCAUCAAAGUAGCUGAUUUUGGUCUUGGCCGAGCAUUUGGCAUACCAGUGAGAGUGUACACACAUGAGGUGGUGACUCUCUGGUACCGAGCACCAGAAGUUCUACUAGGAUCCUCACGAUACUCAUGUCCGAUUGACAUGUGGUCCAUUGGGUGCAUCUUUGCUGAAAUGGCAUCAAAGAAACCACUCUUCCAAGGUGAUUCAGAAAUAGACCAGUUGUUUAGAAUAUUCAGAGUCUUGAAGACCCCAACUGAAGAAAUAUGGCCUGGUGUGUCUCAGCUUCCAGAUUACAAGACAACAUUUCCAAAUUGGACACAAUAUAACUUAAUGACCCAUGUAAAAAACAUUGAAGAAGAUGGACUUGAUCUAUUAAAGAAAAUGCUCAUCUAUGAUCCUCUGGCUCGGAUAUCAGCCAAAGCUGCGCUGUUACAUCCCUUUUUCGAUACUGUGGAUAAAUCUACACUUCCAGUCCGCAGUUAAAUCCCACAAAAAUGUGAGAAUGACCUUAGUUGAAGGUCCUUUCUUCCAAGAACUUUCCUGUGUUUUUGUGAUACAGUGCUCCUUGUUAAACUCUGUGAACCAGAAGAUAGUUGCAAUAUGAACACUUCAGAGUUAAAGGUUUUUGCAUGUGCUAAAUGAUGAAAAAAUCUGGAUACUCUGUCAGACUUCUGAGAACAUACUGUUUGGUUAUACAAAAGACUGUGAUUACAAGACUUCAUCCUUUCCAUUAACAUUUGUUACUAUCCAAAACAUUUUCCAGGUAAUAGCAAUCAUGUGCUAACAGUGUGAAGACAAUGUGCAUAAUUUAAGGCAAAAAUACUUAACCAAUGCUACCUGGAUUAGGGGAAGAAACAGUUAUGUAAAGCUGUGACUAUUUUCAUUUCUUCAGUUUACAUUCUAAAAGAUGGAUGUUUAUACCAUUAUUUAAGCUAUGGAAGGCAUUCCCAAACAAAUUUUAUAUUUUAACAUCACGCUGUAGGAUAACUGAAAGAAAUGCAUACGAAUAUUAGUGUGUUUUAUUUUAACUACUGUCUGCAAGAUAAAUGAAUAUAUGUGGCCUGAAGGACUAGGGAGGGUAAUGAAUUAAUGAUACUAUGGGAUUAAAGAAUUUUAGUCCCAUCUAACACCUCUCUUGGGAAAACAGACAACAAAGAAAGCUGAAAAAUAUUGUAGUUUGAUUACUACUGAUGAAUCAAUGUAACUUACAGUAUGAAAUAUAGUUUUUUGUUAUGCAAUCCUGGAAAUAUAGAAGUUUUAAUAAAUUAAUUUUAGGGAUUAAUUAGAUAUAUUUGUUUUCAUUAAUUAAAGCUACAAGGUCCAAAUUCUCUGGGAUACUAAAAGGCAUGUGAGUAACUAAUGCUUUUAAUACUCUGACUGGAUCAAUGUCAAUAUCAGAUUCAGGCUAAGAAUUAGAUUUAGAUAUAAAUUUGUGUUCUGGUACUUGAAGGCUGUCCUGUUGUAACUUUAUUUCUAACCCUAAUUUCUUAGGAACUGCAUUUGUAAUUAACAGAAAUUUGCAUAAAAUGGAAUUUACAGAA